CUGUUUUGUGUUGGGACUUGGGUGAGUGCAUGGCCUCGACGUUGAUCCCGUUCCAAGAUUUUUAAUUACAACGCCGCUACUGUAUAUAUGUAAUAUUAUCGGCGAUAAAUUUCGUGAUGGUGUUCCCUAAAAGGCCAUGGCUUUGAUGGAAACGAAAUUGUGUGCACGUGGGAGCUUUGCGUUAUUACAAGAGAGAAUUAGAGGCUGAAAAUCAUGCUAUAAUCGAAAGGGAUUCCGAUGGAUGCAUAUUCCAUGAACAGGUUCUAGGAAUAUGAGUUCCUUGACUUAUCAGAUGUGAAAGAAGCGGAACGGAGUAGCCUGCAGUGCGCACUGUUCAAGCGGAAGACUGACACUUCGGCGUACGUGGCCAGUGUCGGUUGGACUGACCCUGCUGUAGAUAUUUCAUCGUGUUCGUCGAGCACGGCCGGCGCGCCGACCGUGUCCAGCAGCCUGGACAGCCUGUCGGGCGGCGAGUGCGAGAUGGCGCCCCACUCGCCGGCGCGCGCGGGCGCCCCGCCGCCCCCGCCGCCCUACGCGCCGCCCCCGCACUACCCGCCGCAGCCCCACCAGUGGCCCGUCGCGCCGCCCAACGUCUACGUCAGCCAGGUCACCGCAAACGUCAACGUGCACGGCUAUAUGGGACAGUACUACCAGCCGCCGCAGCCGCAGUACGCGCCGCCGCCCGUCGAGCGCACCGCGCGCCCGCACCGCCGCGAGCGACGCAACAAACGCGCGCCCUCGCCGCCCUCGCAACCUCCCCCGUACUACGUCCAGUACCCGCAGUACUACCCCGCCGCGCAAGCCCAAGGCGCUCCUCUCUACCAUCUCCCCAUGUACCAACCUGUCGUGUACGGCCCGUACGCACACCCUCCGUACUAUUACUCUGAGUACCCCAUGCAAGUUGAAGGGGAAGCUGAUAAAGGACCAGAGGAAUACCCUCAGGAGGUCGUUAUGGAACAGGAAGCGGUCGACGCAUACUACGCCGGCGCGCACUACACUUACGGCCCGCCAGUUGAGGGCGGAAUGGAGUACAUGCCGCCGAUAUACUUGCCCCCGCCCGCUCACCCACCGCCCUUGCCGAUCCCGCAGCCUCCGCCGCACCAAUCUACACCUCAUCAGUUCAAUGUACACGCCAAGAACUUUGUUCAAGGCCAAAAUCACAAACCGUAUGCACCUCCAGAAAAUAAGCCUCAGGAGCAGAAACCUCCUGUGGCUACGGCAUCGGCGUCCGCCGUGACGGCUGCUGUGGAAGCUUUGCCCAUCAAAGACCUAAAAAUUACUAGUAAAGGGCCCAGCAGUCCGAAACAAACUGACCGUCCAGUUGAAAUUAAUCAAAAUAAGCCACCUACCCCAACAGAGAAAGUAUCUCCUGCACCAAAACCGGAAGUAACAAAAUUGGCUUGGGUGCCCAAUGAAAAUAAAGUGCAGGACCCUGCAACUAAUACUACUCAAGCAGCAAAGUCUUUUCCUCCCAUAGCGUCGGCUAACACGAUCGCCACCACUGCGGCUAAAGUACAGCCGACUAUCAGCAAACCUACGAAAGGCCCCGCCCCGCCUUUUACUGGAGGCAAGCAGCCACCAAAGCCUUCUGUACCACAGACAGUUGUCCCAGUCCAGCAGGCUGCAUCAACGCCAAAAGCACCAUUUGGAAAUAGACAGAAACGCGAAGGCACCGCAAACCGAUCGCCGUCAAACGAGGCAGCUGAAUCUGAAAGGACCACCGUCCCAGCUGAACAUGCCAAGCGUGAGCCGCCUCUACCGCCGAGUAAGGCGCCAAUGCCUAUAUCCAUAACGCUGCAUUCACAAGGCCAGCCGUUGAUCGUGACAAAUAAAUCGCCAUUCGGCCAUUCGAGGAAAGCCGCGGUGGCUCCUGAACCGCCGCCGGUGCCGCAGCCUCCCCCUCCCGCGCCGACAGCCUCUGAUUUCCCUCCCCCGCCCACUCCUAGAAACCGCGGGGAGCCUGUUCCUCCGCCAGUAGUGCAACCGCAACCGCAGCCAGCUCCUGGUAAAUCAUGGGCGAGUUUAUUCUCAAGCAAGACCUCCAUAACGACUUCAACGCCGCCGCCGCCUGCGCCCGUGACUGAAGAGCCGUCGAGUCCGACUACGACUGCUCCUAUUGCAGCGCCAAACGUUCAGAAACCUGUAGCUAAGGUGCCCCCUUUUGAUGCAUCUCCUCUACAAGCUACUGUCGUCGAUAAAACAUCUCCCACACCGCGUCCGCCGACCACUACAGCCGCGCCAACUAUUUCCUAUUCUGAAAAGACUUCAGUAAACGCUGUCAGUAAUGCUUCAACGCCAACGCCUGCACCAAAGACUCCGCCCAGCAGCCAAGCGCCUUCAGAGCCACGCGAGGUGCCCAUUCAAAAAGAACCGACACAAACAUUGCCCGUACCGCCGUCUCCAUUCAGCGACGACCCUAUUUCUUACAGGAUGGGAGAAUUCUUGGCGAAAUACCAACUGGAUAAUAGGCCAGUGUCCCUCUUGCCGCGUGGGCUGACCAAUCGCUCGAACUACUGCUAUGUGAACUCGAUCCUGCAGGCGCUCAUUGCUUGCCCGCCCUUCUACAAUCUGCUGAAGGCGCUGCCGUACCAGAUGCGACGCGGGAAGUCGAGCACUCCUGUUAUUGAUUCCUUAGUGGAGCUAUGCUACGAGUUCAGUCCGUUGGCGGGCGGGCCCCAGGCGCCGCGCGGACGCGGGCCCCGCGUGGACGGGCCCGGGCCCCCCAGCGUGCCCGCGGGCCCGCCGCUGGAGGGCGGCGCCGGCCUCCGCGUGCUGCGGGCCUUGAGGCCCUUCCCCGGCUCACAGGAGGGCCGCCAGGAGGACGCCGAGGAGUUCCUCGGAUGUCUCUUGAAUUCGCUCAAUGACGAGAUGCUUGAGUUGAUGAAAUUAGUGGAGCCAGAGGAGUCCAAGGACGCUGCAGGGCAACCUAAUGGUGUCGUAGCCUCAGAGCAGCUGGAGGAAGAUGAUGAUGAUGAUGAGUGGAAGGUGAUGGGCCCGCGCAACCGCGGCGCGGUGGAGCGACGCUGGGCCGCGCGGCGCACGCCGGUGGCGGACGUGUUCCGCGGCCGCACGCGCGUGCGCCUCACGCGCGCGCUGCACCACGACGUCACCGACGCUGUGCAGCCCUUCUUCACGCUGCAGCUCGACAUCGAGCGCGCGAGCAGCGUGAAGGAGGCGCUGGAGCUGCUGGCGAACAAGGACGCGCUGGAGGGCGAGGCGGAGGCCUGGCAGCAGCUGUCGCUGGAGCAGCUGCCGGUGGCGCUGCUGCUGCAUCUCAAGUGUUUCCAGCUCGACCCCGACUCGCACACCGCCAAGAUCGUCAAGAACGUCGACUUCAGCAUCGACCUCAAGAUUGAUCAAAAAAUAAUGUCAUCGAAAGUGAAGUAUACAUCCAAACAGCGGAUGUACAAGCUGUUUGCAGUGGUGUACCAUGAGGGAGUGGAGGCAGUCAAGGGGCACUAUGUCACUGAUACUUAUCAUGGUCAAGUUGGAUGGAUAAGAUAUGAUGACUCAACCGUGACCCAAGUAAGCGAGGCUCAGGUGUUAAAGCCGAAACCUCCGCGCAUGCCGUACUUACUCAUGUAUCGGAGACAUGAUACUUUGCCUACGCCACAUCGACCUAAACCGGAGUGAAGAACUAUAUUGAGUGAAACACCAUGUGUGAUUACUUGGGAAGUGCCUGGAAUGUGCCGUGUUGUGUUUCGAAGCAAUAAAACAUAAUGCUUAUCUUAAAUUCUGUUUGACAUGAAUUUAAUAAUAUCGGGAUUUGAACGGUUAAUUUUGCACCUUUCUGUACAUAUUCAAUAAGUUUGAAAUACAACACGGUAUAAAGAUGUAGAUUAUGCGGGAAGCGACGGACGUGUGUGUAAAUAAAUGUUAAAUAUUACUUUGUGCCUCUUGGAAAUUCUAAUAUAGUGGAACAGAAUUUACGAACACCUAAUCUAAGUGUAUAUUUGAUAGUGUAUAAAUUAUCUGGGCAGUUGGCUGUCUUGAGUGCGCGUCAGUUUUUUUGUUAUGUUGCCUUAACAUUCUGUGAUUGUUUAAAUCGGUAGCAUAGAUAGCGACUAGCCCUUUUCCUGAUAAUUUUAAUGUAUCAUAUCUGUAUAGUUACAUAGCAUUUCACCAUGUGGUUUACUUCUAAGUUUUCUUUGAUGUACAUACGAUUUUAUGUUGGUUUAUGAAGUACAAAAUAUUGUGUUUGCUUUGUGUUUAAUAUUAUUUGAAGUUGAUUGAAAGAAUUUGAAAGUUAUAAUUCUCAGUAGUCAAGACGAUGGUAACCAUGUAUGAUUAAUGUUUAGUGUUAUCAGGAGAGUUGAGACAUUUGAUAGUUUUGUGUGAUAAAAGUAUAUGUUUUUCGUGACAGUGUUUAAACACAUGAAUAUAAAGUGCUAAAAAAAUGUGUAUAGGGUUGUUAAAAUUAUGAUAUUGAAUGUUUUGCAAAAUGUCAGUAUGUCCCUUCUCUCAUUAAGUUAUUUAACAAUUUGUCUAUUGGACAAUAUGGAAUUGUGGUGUUUUAUAAAGUUUAAAAAAAAUGUAAAAAAAUAUUGUAGUGUUAAUUUAAAUUCUUGAUACAUAUUAUUUCUAUGUUGUAUAAUGUUGGAACUGACAUCAAAUUGAAAUUGUCGAAUUGAUGGAGCCGAAGAAAGUACAAAGAAUCGUAAUGUUGUGAUAGUCGUGUACCGCGGUGAUUUCCAUACAAGUACGCGCGUACUAGGAGGAAUAGUACACUGACUCGGGUUGUUGAGGGAAAAAUAUGUAACUUGAAUUACAACUUUCCUCUUAGAUGUAAUCGGUAGGGUAAUACAGGUUGGUUCCAGUGGGCUGUCGUCAUAAUGACGCCAUUUUAAUGACUAGAAGUCCAUUGCGUCCAUAUAUACAGCUUUUAACCAUGUAAAGACUACAUGUAUAGUUAUAAUGUUUAAACUAGUUUUUUACUAGUUGUCUUGUGCAGUUGGUUAUAUAUCUGAAAUGGGAUUAGUAUGAAAACUCAUUGCCAAAAUAGUAUAAUGAGCGUUUUGAAAAAUACUUUUGCCUUCGCCAUUUAGUCUUUACAUGUAUUCGAGAGCAUAUGUUAAAGGCGGGCGUCAAUGUGACGCAGCCCACGAUAGUGUCUCAGUGAAUCGGUGCUUUGUUGACGAACUAAAUUAGGCAGUGAGUGGAAUGUGCCCUUUGAUACUUGUGAUAGGCGAGAACGGCGGACCGGACGGAUCGCUUAGUUAUGGUAUCCAGUAUAAUAUUGUUAUUAUAAUGAUAUACUAAGUGUUAAAUAUAAAUAGAGUAUCUAUUAUCUCGCCGUUGGAACGUUUUGUGGAGAAUGUCUGUUUUUAAUAUUAUUCAAAAUCCAUCUUGAAAUCUGUUUCUUUUAUGUUGUGAGAGAUUUGGAUACGUGAAGAGUGAAUUUUAUUAACUAUAACUGUUGCAUAUACUAAAUUUUACAAUGUAAUUUAUUGUGCAUUGUUUUUGACUAGUGAUUUCUAAGAGCAUAGCUGCGCUAUCUUAAUCAUUGUGUUGGGCGAUUUGAUCUCACGAUAAUGUUGUUUGGAUUAUCUGAUUAAAUAUGGCUGUAUAUAUCCUUCCGUAGGUGUCAUUAAGGCAAUACAUCAAUGCCUUAUUAGGUAUUGGAAUGAUUAUAUUUUGCUAUUACAAAAUUGACCAAAAAGUAUAGAUAUCAUUUCAAUGUUUUUUUUUCUAAAUUAAAGCUUUUCUACUUAAGGUGUUUAUAAAAUGCCAACACGAUUUAGAAAAGUUAUCUUAUAAUGCACUUUGGUAAUGUCCAUAUAUGAUGAAGAAUAUUUAAGUCUUAUGUAAGUCAAUUUAACUAUUACUAUAAUGAAACGAAAUAGAUUUAGUUUUGUAUUAUAGUUUCUGAUUUAUUACUAACUACAUAACUAAGCUUUUAUAUGUAUAACUUGGUUGUUGUUAAUUGGUUUAAUUGGAUUGUGGGUAGGUAAUAAAUUUAGUUUAUUAGGAAACAUUUCUGGCAAUAAUUCGCUUUUCGUUACAUUAGUAUACGCCACGAAGGCGCCAAGAUCAAAUACAUUAAUUCACAAGAUCUACAAACAACUUGGGCUGUCAUUGGUAUGCACAAUGCACAUGUGUAAUGUCUAAUCAAAGUUAACAGCUAGUCAAAUGAUCAGUUUGUGUUUCCCAAAUUUUUAGGUUUAUUUUUCUUUUGAAAUAGCAUAGGAUAUCGUAGCGAAAUAUUUUCUAUAAUUCUUUUUAAGAAUUUGUACAUUUGUGAAAUAUCCACAUAUAUCUCAUUAUUCUUGUGUGCGCGAAGCUAAGUGAUCAAUAAAUUAUAAUAAUUAGUUGUUUACAUUAGCAACCUAUUUGGGCCUUCCAUAGAGCUAACGAGCACUAAUGUAAGAUUUUUUAAGUUAGGCUAUCUCAUCUAUUACAGCUAUUGUUUUAAAUAGAUUAUAACUUUUUACAAUAUGAGAGGCUUUCCUACUAUUCUCGAAUAACAGUCACAAAACAUUAGGGUAUUUACAGCGAAUCAUACAGGAAAAAAGAUAUUUGUUUCAUAUAUUUAUAUUAUUUUGAUGACGUUUUUAAUAUUACGCCCACGAAUAUAACGAAUUUACUCUUAGCUGCCAUGUGGACAUGCACUAUAAUAAGUUAACAUAACUGGAUUUAAAUAGAACUUGCUUGCAUUAAAUAAUUUCAUAGUUUAAGAGCGUUCUUCACACAGUAAAUAUCUAAAUAAGCUAACCUAAAUACAAUGCAACAUUUGAUUCGCGUUAAUAGUUUUUAGUCAUCAAUACAUGCAAUUUGUCGUUUUCUUCAUUUAGGCCAGAGAGCAAGCGGGCGUUCAGUUUUAGUCAUGGCUUGUGUAGACUAUGAGCGGGUUUCCGAAGGUAUCAAAAUGCGUCAGCACACAAGUAUGUACAUAGCUUUAGUAUAAGGUUUACUGUAUAGCAACUGCCUUAGUUAAGUUGCUUAUUUAUUUCAUAAUUGGGUUAAAAUCUAACCGAUCUUGGUUACGAGGAGUCGAAACUUUAUAUACAGGGUUACAGGUAUCAUACGCAAAAUCUCCGAAAGACUACUUGGGUAGAUCAAAACAAGCAACUUUUAUUCUACGACCUUCGACGUGAUUCGUGUUUUUUUUUUUUUUUUCAUAUAAAUAAAUACAAUCUAAUUUACGAUUCUACACAUCUUAACUCUAUGUAAUAGCCAAGCAACACGAAACAGUACAGUAGCGUUAUGUAGUGGAAUCGAACAUAUUGUUAACGUUUAUAGAAACUUAAAACUAAAAAAAGUAUUUUUGUGGUAUUUGUUACGUUUAGACAAAAGUCGAGAACAAAAGAUGUUAGUCUCUAUGCGCCUUUGGAAGGUUAUGCGAUACCAGUAACCCUGUAUAUAAACAAUGGUAUCUUAGUGUUAAUAUUUUCAAACUCUAUAAUUGGGAAUAUCGAAUCAUACGUGCGGGAGUUAGAUGAUCCACAAUUUUGACAUAUUUUCUCUGCUUGAAAUAAUACAAGAUAUCUUCAAGCGUCAUAUAAAUGUAAUUAGAAGUGAAAUUAUCGUUUCAUUAAGCUACGACCUGUCUGAUCGUAGCAGAAGUAUGAUGUCUCAUAUAUUUUCUCUGCUCAUACAGUAUAGGUAUAACACUUGUCUUAGCUAUCAGUGGCAUUUAUAACUAGAUAAUGGUGUAUUUUUCUUUUGCCGCAUUCUUUACUUUCAUAUAAUUAUAACCUACUUUGACUUAUGAAUAGCAUGAUUCUAACGAAUAUUUACUUUUACAUACAAUUUUACCUAAAUUGAUUUGCUUUUCAGAAUAAAGUUUUUCAAUAUAUUCACUGCCAACCGGUAAAUUGAUGUUGCAUUAGAUUGCAUAAGGAAAUACACCAUUGAUUGAUCCUAUUGCAGUUGGCUGUGACAUAUAGCUGUUAGGACGUCGACUGGUGUCAAUGCACAGCGGCCGUUCCAAUUGUUUCAAUCAAAUGUUUCAUUAUUUUACACACUUUAUUUUCUUAUCAAAAUUGAUACAUCUGUAUAGAUAUACGAUUUGUUACAAUAUGUACAUUGGAAUAAAAGUUUUAAUCGACUAAACAGUUCCUGAUAUUGUUUAUGGAAUAUGAAUAGUUUGAAUAAAUAUAAUUUUAGUCUAGUUGUGCAGCUUUGCAAUAUCAUUAAUUUCGCUCAAUACCAACGUCUUGGUAGAUUAUUUGUACUUUGUUUUUUUUUUGUCUUAAAGCGAAACUCGUCAUCUUUAUAAAGCCAAAUGCGAAGUGAGAGAUCUUAGUGUUACGCAGGCUUCUACAUUCUAAACAGCAGCAGCAGUGUGUUGACUUUAAAUUAGGAAAUAUUAAACUACCGGUGUCGGUCAAUCUAUUAGUUAAUUAGUCGAUUACCUAUGUGCAUGCUCUUAGGCCAGUGUACACCGCCUGUGGAACACGUGCGCUUUUUUGUUUUCAACGCUUUUACACGCGUUCUAUACAAAAAUAAAGCGCACGCCUUACGGAGUCUUGUGUGACCGGCCUAAUUAAAUAUUUAAUGCAUAACAAUAAUUUAUCUAAACCAUAAAGAAAUCAUGGCAAACCAUAACAAUAAACAGUAUUUAAAUGUUUCGCGCUUUUAGAUUAAUAUGCGCAAUUUAUAAAUAAAUAUUAGAUUAUAAAUCGAAUCAAAAUCAGUUUUGUGAAAAACGCUGGAGUUGAAUAUAAUGAGAGCUUAAUCCUAGUUUAAACUAAGAUAUAUUUUAAAGAAUUGUAAUUUAAAUGUCUGUGCAAGAACCGCUCUCUUCAUGUAGUUGCACAAAAUGAGUCUUGGAUGUUACAAACGUGUUUGUAUGCUUCUUCACGUAGUACACUUGAGAUCCAAAACUUGCGUGUCGAACUGUAGAAUUUAUGUUAGAUUACACACAUCAGUCCACACUAGUCUAAAAUCCCAAAAACGACUAAGACUUGAGUGGUAUUUGCUAAAAUUCGGUGAAAUGAGUCGGAAGGCAUACAAUUUUCGACAAAUGACUGGUGCUAUUAUGAGGCGAGGCCAAUAAAAAAAUUAUCAAUGCGUGAUAUUGAAGCUAGCAAUACAUAAUAUUAAACCAAUAGUUUUUGACCCCAUAUCCCUGCGCCGCCAUGAGUGUGCGUAAUAUGAACAAUCAUAAAGUCGCAUCUAGUCCCCAAGCAUACCUUGGUGCAAUUAAUAUUUUAUAGAUUUAUCAAAGAUACAUCUCACGUUACCGUUCCAAACUCUGGAAGUGUCAAAUACUGUUCUUGCAUGCUUUUAGAUUCCGAAAUAAAUGUGCAAUAGACUGUAAGAAAUAUGGUAACAGGAAAAAAUGAAUAUGUUGGCGGUCUAUCUACUUAGGUUUAAUGGUGUAUGUAGUAACAUUAAUUUUAUCAUUAUUUUUAUAUGAGAGGUUCAUUAUUUAAGUUUCAGUUAAUUUUAGUGAUAAGAUCCAAGGCUGUAUUAAUGUGGAGUGUUUUCCCCAAUGAAAGAUAACUUAUGUAUUUUGUUUUUUGAAACUAUUUGAUUUUAAAAUGUGUAAAAAAUACUCCCGUUGGUUGUAAUAGACAAUUACAAUACAAAUAAAAAAAGACGAAAAAUAUAUAAAAAUGCAGAAUUAUCGUAAUGUGUAUUGCCUAUUAUAAUCAGCUUCCUAAGUUGUUAUGUGGAUAAUGUGUGUAUGACUAAUAUUACAAAAUAAUCCUUUAUUUUGGUAACAAAUUGGUGUUAUGAAAAUUUUGUGAAUAAAAUAUGGUGUCAUUCUGA